UUAAGCCUUUGCUGAGGAGAGAGGUAGGAAUUUUCAUAGCAAGAAAAACCUCAGGCUCAGCGAUGGCUGAACGUCGCCGUGGUCCGUUUGUGCAUUUCGUCUAUGUGCUGGGGAUUUGUGUGGCAUUAAUUGACUUUAUCAAUGGACAAGCAGAACAGGUCCCAUGGACCCAUGAAAAGCUCCAACACAAGGCUGCCACCCUGAGCAACAGUGACAUCACCAAGGCUGUAGCCCACACUGACGUGGCCCAGAUGUGGCAGAGGGAUCUGAGGCCCUUGCUGGUGACCAGAUACCCAGGGACUGCUGGGAGCCUGGCCGUGCAGCAGCACAUCAAGUCCACAUUAGGUUCCCUGGGGGCAGGCUGGGAUGUACAGGAGGACAAGUUCACGUCCCAGACACCCUACGGCCCAAUGACGUUCACCAACAUCAUUGCCACCCUUAACCCCUCUGCCAAGCGUCGCCUGGUACUGGCAUGUCACUAUGAUUCCAAAUACUACCCACCACAGUGGCACGGCCGUGAGUUCCAAGGUGCCACAGACUCAGCUGUGCCCUGUGCCAUGAUGCUGGAGCUGGCACGUGCCCUGGACCAGGAACUGAAGAUCCAAAAGGGCUCCAGUCCAGACCUGUCUCUGCAGCUGUUGUUCUUUGAUGGGGAGGAGGCUCUCUUCCAGUGGACGUCCACAGACUCUCUGUACGGCUCUCGCCACCUGGCACAGAAAAUGGAAAGAACCCCCCACCCACCCGGGGCCCCCGACACCAACCUAUUACAUGGCAUGGACCUGUUUGUGUUGCUGGAUCUUAUCGGAGGCCCCAGUCCUCGCUUUGGCAACCAGUUCCCUAGCACAACCCGCUGGCUCACCAGGAUGCAGAACAUUGAGCGUCGCCUGCACACUAUUGGACAGCUUGUGGACCAUCCCAAUGAGAUUCAGUACUUCUGGCCUAAUCUACCUGUGGGUCCUGUGCAGGAUGACCACAUGCCUUUCCUCAACAGAGGUGUGCGUGUCCUCCACCUUAUCCCCAGCCCGUUCCCCUCAGUCUGGCACACAUUUGACGACAAUGAACAGAACCUGGACCGGUCCACCAUCCAGAAUCUCAACAAGAUCCUUCAGAUCUUUGUCCUGGAAUACCUAAAUGCCAAACCCGUUGACCCCUCAAACCCCCAAAAUGCCCCUUAGAGGCUCUCAGUCUUCAUCUGUUCUGGUCUUUGAAACCCAAACACUCCACAGACUUUUCCUUCAGCCCAGAAUUCACAUAAUCAUUCGAUCUUUGAUUUGCAGAAUUAUGCAUCAGGGUGCCCGGCUGAAACCAAAGUUUGCACACCGUUUGGGUCUGUAGAACCAGAGAGACCUCAGCACAGCUUCUUUUCCCUCCCUCAGGCUCUGUCCCCCAACAACUAGAGAGGUACACAGGGCCCUCUGUGUGUCUCUCUCCACAGUGCUCUUUUUAUCUCUCCACAUCCCCUGCAAGCUCUCUCACUGAGGAGCCAUCUUUGUGCUCAUGCUAAUGUCAGGGCUGUACUAGCCGUGAAAGGAGGAGGAAGACGAAGGAGAAAAGAUAGGUCAAGAAGAUAAACCAUAAUCGGUGUCUUCUUUGUUGCUUAUGAAUUAUUGUGUUUGUCUUUCUAUUUUUAUACCGUGACUUGCUCUCUCUAUUUCUCUCUAUCCAUUCAUCUUUUCGCAAUGUUGGAGGGUCUUACAGCUGAUAAUCUAUAUCAUGUAUUCAACCGAGAGUAAUAACAGACUAUAGCUGAGUGUGUUACAGUAGCCUUACUUGCCGGACGGAUGGUUCAAAUAUAAAUACUGAUUGGGUUUAGGACCAUCUGGCGCAUGAAACAGCAGGUGGAUCAUGUUCUUGCAUUAAUGAACAGAAGCUAAAUCCUAUCCUAGAAAAUGGCCUUCAAAGGAAAACCACUGGGGACGUAGGUGUAAUGAAGAAUGACUGUCUCUGAAAGUCUUAACUGUCUAGUUUGUCUAUAAAGAUAACCUGUUGAGAUAAGCAUGUGUGCUUAUUGAUAAGAUGGAACAUCUGUAGUUCUUCAUAUGCGGCCAUGUCAGAUAUGUAGGCCUGUUUAGUUUCAUGUUCACUUGUGUUUGUUUUUUAUAACAAUAUUAGUCCCAUUUUGAUGUAGCUCCUGAAAUAACACACACUGCCAAAAAUGUACUUCCUCUGCCUGAAAUAAAAUGUUGAUCCAGAAAGUUAGGAACCCCACUCUGGAUCUUCGGAAUACACU